AUGGGAUGUUCCGCAAGUGUCGACGUUAAAAAGCCAGAAAAUGUUAAGUACCAACCCGAGACGAAUAAACUUGAAACAGAAAAAAUCAUUCACGACGUAAAGGAUUUGGAAGUAAUCUAUAAACAAGACAGUGAAAAAAUUAAUCAAGUUAAAUCAUUUGCGGUGCCAGAACACGAAAACGUGAAUGUGGAUAUUACGAAUACAGCCGAGCAAACGAAUAAAAUCAAUCAGGAUAACGGAAGUAAUCUACCUAACUUGAACAAUAAGCAUAAGGAUAAACAGGAAAAGGCGCCUCGCGGUAAUUUAGUAAAGGACGAAAACAUUGACACACUGCAACCUCAGGGUGAGGAACAAAUUGCACUGGACAAAGCAUUACGAGAGUUGAGGCAAAGUUUGUUUACUUCAGGCAUUGUACCAACACAUGAUCAAACAGAUUUCACACUUCACAGUACUAUCGUGGGUAAUUCGACAAUCACCAUCGACGCAGGAUGCUUCAAAGCAGCAGUCGUUGACGCGGGAACUGGCUUUUGCAAGGCAGGUCUAACAGGCGAUGAUAUUCCAUCGGUGGUGAUUCCAACAUUAGUUGGAAGACUGCGUGACAACGCAACAUCUGUCGAAACUUUCAUCGGAAAAGAUGCUAAAUUAAGAGGAAAUUCACUUGAGUAUUCGAAUCCAAUAAAUCGGGGAAUUGUUGAGAAUUGGGAUGACAUGGAACGAGUGUACGACCAUAUUUUACAUAUGGAUCUCAACUUGGAACCAAACGAGUAUGGUGUGGUUAUUCCAGAAUCACCACUAAGUGACAGAAAACGAAGAGAGAAACUUACAGAGAUGAUGUUUGAGAAAUUUGACGUCAAAAAACUUUAUUUGGGUUCAUCUUCGUCACUUGCAUUACAUGCAUUUGGACAUUCGACUGGAUUACUAGUGUCGUUGGGCCAUGGAGUUUGUCACGCAGUACCAGUUGUACAAGGAAACAUCAUUGAACAUGCAGUACGAACAACAAAGAUAGGAAACAAAGAUGUCAUAGACAAACUGCAGAGAAUUAUGACAACAAAACUUUCAAGCAUUGACGAAGACAUUGCCAGAGCAAUGGUUUGAAAAGACAAACUACGUAUGCAUAGAUUAUGAUGAGACAAAGAGAGACGAAAAGCUUUGCGAACAAAAAUCGUACACUCUCCCAAAUGGAAAAUCUGUUAAUUUGAGAAAUGAAAGAUUUGAGUGCCCGGAGAUAUUCUUUAAACCACAAAUGAUUCCAGGUUGCACUGAAAGCAGUUUGUCAGAUAUUUGCCUGAGUAGUUUACAGUCGAUUGAAGAUCAACAAUCAAUUUCUGCUUUGCGGCAAAAUAUUAUUCUGACGGGUGGAUCUUCAUUGUUACCGGGAAUCGGAGAACGCCUUAGAAUGGAACUCAACAAAAACGAGAAUGCUAAUGACCGAGCUAACGUUUUAUUACUGCCAAAAAGACAAUAUGCCGAAUGGCGUGGUGCUUCAACCUUGGUUUCAAUGAAUUCUUCAAAGCAUCGAUGGGUCAGUCGAGAAUUAUAUGAUGAACACGGAGAAACAAUAAUUCAUAGGAAAUACGUGUGAAAUAUUUUUUCAGUAUGAUGAAGGAUAUUGCAUCUCUGUCAUCUGUAAAAAUUUGGUGUUCAGUUAUUUAUUAUUAUAUAUAUUCAUUUUUAUGACAUAAAUAUAUAUAUGUAUAACUAUUGAUAUAAGCAACUAUGGGUGUGUACCAGAAUGAGAGAUUCAAAAUACGUGCUGAGUGACGUCCGUUAUUAUUAAUCUA